AUGACCAGCACUCAGUACACGCUACCCAAGCUUCCCUAUGCUUACGAUGCUCUCGAGCCUCAUAUCUCGGCUCAAAUCAUGGAGCUACACCACAGCAAGCACCACCAAACAUACGUGACAAACUUGAACAAAGCCAUCGAGACCUACAACGUCAACCCUCUCCAAAGUCGCUUCGCAAUUCUCGCGGCCCUCAACUUCCACGGUGGCGGCCACAUCAACCAUUCUCUCUUCUGGGAGAACCUCUCACCGGCUUCAAGCCCGGAUGCUUCGCCCGAUGCGGCACCGAAGGUGAUCGCCGAGAUCACUCGCAUCUGGGGAAGCCUCGAUCAAUUCAAAACGGCCUUCAACAACGCUCUGCUUGGUAUCACUGGCAGCGGCUGGGGUUGGCUGGUCAAGGACGAUGUUACCGGCCUCCACAUCGUUACCACCAAAGACCAGGACCCCGUCACCAAGGGUGUGCCCAUCUUUGGAGUCGACAUGUGGGAGCACGCGUACUACCUGCAGUACCUCAAUGGGAAGGCGGCAUACGUGGAGAAUAUUUGGAACGUCAUCAACUGGAAAACUUCGGAGCUGAGAUUCUCGGGCAGCAGAGAUGAUGUCUUCAAGGCAUUGAAAGCGGUUCUCUGA